AUGGUCUCUGAUGAUCUGGCAAGGGAAUAUGGCGGCUCCCUCCCGGCAGAGGCGACAUCGACCCCCGCGGACACCCCCGUCACCCCCGCAAACACCCCCGCCGCUGAAGAGCUACCCCCGCCAGUCUCAACGGCGGGACCUCAGCCCACCACACUGGCUGCAAGUGGUCUCAACUCUUUCAAUAACGUCUCCCUGCUGGCUCCUGGUAUUGCUCAUCGACUUCUGCAAAGCCAGUGUCCUUCGUGCUUUUCCCUCAAGGACUGGGGCCGUCCACUCUCCGCGUUCAAUUCUCCCUUGUUUCCGCUCUCAGAAGGAUCUGACGCGAAGAUUUUCAGUGGCGGUGACGUCCAAUUUGGUGCCGAUGGCUGCUUCAGCUACCGGCAUCUCCGAGCCGCGGGCACAGGUCCAUCCUUGUUCAACCAGGACUACUUCCUCACACAUGAAGAAGUCCACAGGGUUCAAGAAGCUGUGAUCUUGGCACGGAAAUUGCCGAAACCGUUCAGAGAUUCUCCGAUUCCAUCAGAGAUAGUGGAUGCCUGUGGGGAGUCGUGGACAGCGGCAAAUGAGAACAAGCAGAAAGGAGAUCCUAAGCGUUAUGACUCCACCAGCAUUUUCGCUCUGACAUGCCGCCACUCACAAGUCUUGUUCAUGUGCAACAUAGAUACUCCAGGAGAGCAGCAGCACUAUAUUAUUGCACUGCUGGAAAAAGUAGCGUCAUAUCUCCCACCCAACGCAACUAUCAUGCAAUGCUAUUAUGGCUCACGUCGCAUAGCCACCCUUGAUGAAUACGUCGAAUUUGUCAAUUGUGAAGGCAUUACCAAUCUGGCAAGCUGGAUUGAACGUCAGCACAAUAAAAACAUUCCACAGAAAUCAAAUCAAGCAACCAAGAGGAUUAAUAGUGCGGGUGUAACUAUCUCAGACCUGCGUGGUCAAUGGCAGGCACAAUUGAAUGUUCAGAUAUCACUCCGAUCCAGCCCGCCGGUCCGUGUCCAACGCGACCUCGGCAAAAUUGUCGGCCUUCAAAACCAAGUUGAAGAAAUUGAAGACACACUGGAACAACUUCAGAAGACUAUCGGAGACAGACUGAGCUCGCAGUCAGCUCAUGAAGCGAUAAAGGAUCUACAGUCCACACAGGUCAAGCUCAGUCAUCAAGCUGAGCGCCUGUACACUUCACUUGAUCUCGAGACUCAUUAUCCAGAACUGGCUGGACUCCCUUUUGAAUUUGUUCAAAUGCUCCUACUCAUGAGGGAUCUCAAGCUACAGAUCUGUAAGCAAGCGAUUGGCACAUUCUUGGAGUGGGAGAACUUGGAUCGUGCUGUUCAAGGACGCCGUGAGCCACUGGGUACAAAGCUUCACCAAGCGGCCCGGAAGGCCCUUUCAAAGCGUCAGCCUACUCUUCAUCGCCUGAUUGACAAGUUCAACUCUCUUUGCUCCCGACUGGAAGAAAUUCAGUCGCCUCAUUGUUCUGUUCCCAUUCCUGUCCCUCUGCCGACCAAACUCAAUGAGCUCAAAUCUCACACAAAUCUCUUUGAAGAUAUCUGGAUUUCUCCAUCGGAGGGAGCCGUCCCGUUGUGGCUUUCUGAUGAUUGUGUCCGUGAAGGCAUCACAAGUCUGCAUGUACUUGACCGCUGUCAUGAGGAAGAGCUUAGACUUGGGAGAGAGAGUGAAAACAUGCUGCGCUGGAUCAACCAGGAGACUUCGCUGAUUUCUCAGGCAUUGCACAAUGAUGAAAAUUCUGUGCUCCAACACGAGCUUCAAAAACAGUCCGACUUUCUCUCACGAGUUUCUGCAAGAUGGCAGCGUCAACUCAAAACCCCACAACCACUGCUCCUGGCCGUGGAGCCCAGGCUGGUUACUGACCCCCGCGCGUUGACCCCUGCGUCAGCCCCCGCCAAUGUUUCUGUCAGAGACCCCGCCAUCACACCAUCAGGCGGGGUUCUGGGCAACCCCGCAUCAGACCCCGCAGAUCGACCCCCGCCGGAUCCAGUCGAAGCGGAUCGUGUUGAGGAUGACAUGAAUAAGUCCCCACUUGCUGAUUCUGAAAUAGUGUCCCCAGAUGACCUUGAUACAUGUCAUUCUGACUCAGAGGAGGCUCUGGCUGCAAUGGAUUUAAUGGAAAUGGACGAAGAUGAAGACACGGCAACAAUUGAAUGGGAUAAUUGCAACGUUCCAAUUUCUUGGGCAUCUCUCUCAGCGGCAAGUGGACCGCAUAUAUUGUGA